AUGUCAUUUUUAUGUUGUUCAGGUAGUUCAGUUGAUGAUGAUGAUAAAUAUGUUAAUCACUCAACUAAUUCAAGAUCACAAUCAAUUCAACCUAAAAAUGAUCUUAAAGUUGUAACCCCUACCAAUAAAAAGAGAAAAGAAAAGAAAGAUGAUUUUGACGAUAAUUCUGUUAAUGAAACUGAAACUAUCGCCAAUACUAAUGAAGAACCAACACCAACUACUCAACAUGAAAGUUCAAUUGAUACAAAAGGUUCAUCAUCAAAGAAAGAUAAAGAUCAAUUAGAUCAAAGACAAGAUGACAAUGUGGUAAUUGCUCAACAAGGGAAUAAUGAAGAUUUGGUUGAUUUAGAUUUACAAGACUUUGAUGAAGAAUCAUUGAUGGAUUUAACUAAAUUUCAAGAAGGACAAUAUAAAAAUCCUGAAACCGGUUGGUUAUUAGGUAAAAAAGAUAGUAAAUUUGGAAAUAAAAAAUGUUUAAUUCUAGAUUUAGAUGAAACAUUAGUUCAUUCAUCAUUCAAAUAUUUAAGAACAGCAGAUUUCGUUAUUCCAGUUGAAAUUGAUAACCAAGUUCAUCAUGUUUAUGUGAUAAAAAGACCAGGAGUUGAUGAAUUUUUGAAAAAAGUUGGUGAAUGGUAUGAAGUUGUUGUAUUUACAGCAUCAGUACUGAAAUAUGGUGAUCCAUUAUUGAACAAAUUAGAUAUUAAUAAAGCUAUACAUCAUCGAUUAUUUAGAGAUUCAUGUUAUAAUUAUGAAGGUAAUUUCAUUAAAAAUUUAUCACAAAUUGGAAGACCUUUGAGUGAUUCAAUCAUUAUUGAUAAUUCUCCAGCAUCUUAUAUUUUCCAUCCUCAACAUUCAGUACCUAUUUCUUCAUGGUUUAGUGAUACGCAUGAUAAUGAAUUAUUAGAUUUAUUACCAUUUUUAGAAGAUUUAUCAAAAGACAAUGUUGAUGAUGUUUCUUUGGUUCUAGAUGUAAUGUUGUAA